CCGCUUUAUCUCAGCCUUGAGGAGUCGAUUCCAUUUUUGACUAUUCUUACAAUUAUCGGUGUAACCUCUACUGCAACUAAUUUGCUAAUUGUCGGUACAAUUUGCAAGAACUCACAGCGAAAGAAUUACGACUUGUUCACGUUACAUGCCAGUCUGGUGGAUUUAUUGACGACGUUAGUGGUGAUCCCGUUUUGGAUUCUUUCCGCGAUUCAUAGUCAAGUUGAUUUCGUGGGGGAUAUCUACUGCAAAAUAAGCGCAACCGUAAGUUUGAUGGAGUUAGUGGCACCAGUAAUGUUCCUGACACUUAUCGCGGCUAGUAGGCACUGCUCAAUUGUCGACAGGAAAGCGUAUCCAAGAAUCUUCAGCGAUUCUAGAACCAGAAUGAUGGUUUUGAUUGUAUGGCUGUUUGCAGUGACUAUUUGUAUUCCACCUCAUUUUACAUGGCCAAUUUCUCCAGAAGUCCUGUGUCUUCCCGAUUUAAUCAGCAAUUUGUGGUACACAACAGCGGUACUGGCUUUUUGCCUGCUAUUACCACUUAGUGCUGCAUUCUACUCUCAAGUUUACGACAUUUUUCUCUUCCAGCCAGAACGCAUUAAGAGGAACGAAUCUAUGAAAAAGCAAUGCGAGAGAUUCGCACUCCGAGGAGGCGAGAAAACCACUCAAAAAGCAUACUUCUGCAUUCUCAUAGUUCACACCAUUUGUUGGGCGCCGUAUACGUGCGUGGCAAUGGCCCAGGCUCUGAACAGUGGGGUCGUGUUUUAUUUAGGUAAUAUCCCGCUUCACUUUAUAGCGAUGGUUGUGGGAUUAACGGCAACUUCUUUAAAAGGAGUCGUUUCCUGCUUUGAGGUCCCGCAUUUAAAAGAAAUGAUCAAGAGACAAUUUGGGUGUUCCGAACGAGAGGAAAAUACUUCACGGGAAGUUUAA